GCUAUUAACAUGGGCUGGUACGUACUUGACAAAUACUACAACAAAACAGGAGAGACACCUGUAUACGCUGCUGCGAUACUACUUGAUCCGCGCAAGCGAGCCGCCUACCUACACCAGAACUGGCCAGAAGAGUGGGUGGAGCCGGCCAUU